AUGGCGAGAGAAAAGACUAUCUCGCUCCUGGCGGCUGCCGUUGGUCUGUACAUCCUCUACAGGCUCUUACGAAUCAUCUACAACCUCUUCUACCACCCGCUCCGCUCCUUUCCAGGUCCGCCCCUCUACCGCGCCUCCCGACUCCCCAUCGCCCUCGCCCAGGUAGACGGAAAGCGCUCGUUCCGCAUCCAGUCGCUGCACGACCAAUACGGGCCGGUGGUGCGCAUCGCGCCGAACCACCUCAGCUUCACAGACCCGCAGGCCUUCCGCGACGUGUACGGAACCCGCAAAAAGGCGUCGUCGCUGCCGAAGGCCCCGGCGUCGAGCCUGGCGUCAGCGCGCAGCAUACCCGAACUGCCCAAAGCAGACGAGUUCUACCGCGUCGACAAGUCGUUCCCGCGGAACAUCGUCUCGGAGGAACUAACGCAGCACCGGGCGCUACGGCACGCUCUCGCGCCUUCGUUUAGCGAAAAGGCGAUACGGGCGCAGGAGGGGCUUAUCACGGGGUAUGUCGACAAGUUGAUCUCGCGCAUGCGGGCGGCGUGCGCCGAAGCCGAAGCCGAAACCGAAACCGAAGGCGCGCCGCACGACGGAGGGAAGGCGGUGCUGGAUAUGAAGGAGCACUACAACUGGUCGACCUUCGACGUCAUCGGCGACCUCGUCUUCGGCGAGCCGUUCGGGUGUCUGGAGAUGGGCAAGACGCACGACUGGGUGCGUGCCAUCUCCAGCUUCAUCCGCGAGGAGACGCGGCUGCGCGCCCUGGUCUACCUGGGCCACGAGUCGCUGGCGGAGAUGCUGUUCCGCAUGGCGGUGUUCAGCGCGCAGUCGAGGCGGAUACGGCGGUACACGUGCGAGAAGCUGGACGAGCGGCUGGCGGCGGUGGACCGGAACGAGGAGCGGAGGGCGGACCUGUUCGGGGAGAUGCUGAAGAAGCGGGAUGCGCUCGACCUCGAGUACGGCCAUCUCAUGAGCAACUCGAUGGUCCUCGUCCUGGCGGGGUCCGAGACCACGGCCACGCUGCUCGCCGGUGCGACCUACCUGCUCACCACCCACCCGGCCGUCCUGGAACGAGCGACGCGUGAGGUGCGGGAGAGGUUUUCUUCCGCGGACGAGAUCAACUUUACGUCGGUUAGCCAGUUGAAGUACAUGCUCGCGGUGCUCAGCGAGACGUUUCGGUGUUACCCGCCGGUCCUGUCGGGGCUGGUGCGGAAGGUACCCAAGGCGGGGCAGAUGAUCGCCGGACAUUUUGUACCAGAGGGGACGUUGGUCGAAGUGGCACAGUGGGCUGCCAACCAUGAUGCGCAGAAUUGGGCCGACCCCUGGGUCUUCAACCCGGACCGGUUCAUGGACGGCGAGGCGGAAGCCAUGGCCAAAGGGAACCGGUUCGACGCCCUGCAGCCCUUCAACGUAGGGCCGCGCAACUGUAUCGGCAAGAAGUAUAAUCACUGGAGUCUCGCAUACGCUGAAAUGCGCCUCAUCAUGGCCCGCGUGCUGUUCGAGUUCGAUCUGGAGCUUCAUGGCGAGAGCCAGAACUGGAUUGAACGGCAGAAGGAAUAUAUCAUCUGGAACAAACUGCCAUUGAAGAUUGGUUUGAAGCGCGCGGUGAACUAUGGGCAGGGUAGGGGACCCAGGAGAUGUGAGGCUGUGAGGCUGUGA